CCGGGUCGGCGUCUGCGGGACGUUGUGCACAGAAAAGCUCACGCAGUUCAUCCGAAUCUGAACCCGGUUCUGGGUCUCCCGGUUCGCCGGGAGCAGAUCUGAGCCGGACCGGACCAGAAACGCACGAGGACCCGCCGCAACGCCUGCUGGGAAAAAUCGUCACAGCGCCGUUGAUUGGAGCGGAGCGGCACGUGAAGCUGAAACCGAAUAAACAAGAGCAGACAUGUCCUCCUCGCUGUCUGCAGAGAGGGACAGGAUUCAGAGACAGGUGGAGGAGCUGGAACAGAGUCUGUAUGUCAACGAUGCACAAAUGGACCUGCUGAGCAGCGGGACAGAUGACUCGUCAGACGACGAGGACACGGAGGACAUGGAGGACGGGUCGGCAGGUCUGAUGGAACAGCGAGACAAAAUCCAGAGAGACAUCCGGGUCCUGGAGAGCGCCCUGGGAGAGUCCAGUGUGGACGACAGCAGCAGUGAUGAGAGCGACCUGGGUCUGUCUCAGUCGGUGGACUCUUGUCUCCAGAUGAACCUGGUCUAUCAGCAGGUUCUUCAAGAGACCCUGGACCAGCUGGAGGUUCUGCUGACCCACAACAUCGCACAACAGAAGGAAGUGAUGUCACAGCUGUCUGGACCAAUCAGAGAGCCCCCCAGACAACAGCCGGCCUCCUCCUCCUACCAGCAGCCAAUCAGAAUGUACCUGGGACACUUCCUGAAGCCGUACUUCAAAGACAAGCUGACGGGACUGGGUCCUCCGGCCAAUCAGGAGACGCGGCGCCGCAGCAGCAGGAUGACCGGCUGUCUGGACAGCAGCCGGCUGAGAGUCAGGCGAUGGGAGAGCUGGCAGAAGACUCUGUUGUCCCACUCGGUGUCCAGAGAUCAGCAGAAAAGACUCAUCCAGCCCAAACUGUCCAGGGUGGACUACUUGAGUCAGAAGUUGUCCUCAGCAGAGGAGACGGACAGACAGCAGCUCAGAGAGCAGAUAGACAGUCUGGAGAGAGACAUCCAGCUGCUCAGAGGGAAGAAGCCGGAGGAGCUGGUUGGUGAGCGAUACGACGAACAUGACUGGGAGAAGAUCGCCAACAUUGACUUCGAGGGAACGCGGGACGCCGCAGACGUCCGCUGCUUCUGGCAGAACUUCCUCCAUCCGUCCAUCAACAAGCGUCCCUGGAGCCGGGACGAGGUCCGGCGGCUGGAGGACGUCAGCAGGGGGCGGGGGGACAGCCGCUGGGAGGACAUCGCCCAGGAGCUGGGGACCGGGAGGACGGCCUUCAUGUGUCUCCAGACGUUCCAGCGGUUCCUCUCAAAGUCUCUGAGACGCAGCAGUUGGACGAAGGCCGAAGACGAUCUGCUCCGUCAGCUGGUGGACAAGAUGCGGAUCGGGAACUUCAUCCCCUACACCCAGAUGAGUUACUUCAUGGAGGGACGUCAGCCUUCGCAGCUGGUCUACAGGUGGAACCAGGUUCUAGAUCCGUCCAUAAAGAAAGGCGUGUGGACAGAGGACGAGGACAAGCUCCUGCUGCAAGCGGUGCGUCGUCACGGAGAGAAGAACUGGUGGAAGAUCCGUCUGGAGGUUCCUGGGCGCACUUGCAACGGCUGCCGAGACCGGUAUCUGGACUGCCUGAAGGCCGGGACGAAGCGGGGCCCGUUCAGCCGGCAGGAGGUGGACCUGCUGCUGAAGCUGGUGGAGAAGCACGGAGUCGGCCGCUGGGCCAGGAUCGCGGCGGAGAUCCCCAACCGAACUGACGCCCAGUGCCUGAGGACGUGGAGGACUCUGGGAAACGACAUGGAGGUCCGAGAGCUGGCUAAACAGAAGCGGAGAGCAAAACGAGAAGCUCAGCGCCGAGCGGCCGGGGAGAGAGAGGGAGGACAGGAGGAGGAGGAGAAGAAGGGAGGUGCUGCUCGGAGGGACAAGAGGAAGAGGAGGAGGAGAAGAAGAAGAGUUCCACUGAAGACGGAGGAGAGCAGUGAGGAGGAGGAGGAGGAGGAGGAGGAGGAGGAGGUGGUGUACAUGGACAGUGAUGAUGAGAAGCAGAGGGUGAAGCUCGUCCCGCCGCCGGUGGAGAAGGAGGAAGAGGAGGAGGAGGAGGAGCAGGAGGAGGAGUUCUUCAUCCCUCCCAUUCAGGACUGGAUCCCCUCCGAUCCGGUCCACAGUCCCGGUUUGAGGUUUCGCCCGGCGGCGUUUCCUCCGGCCGGCGCCGCCUGCGGAGCUCCGCCCGUUCGCUCCACCGUUCUGACGCGGUCCAGAGCCAGGGCGGUGGUGGCCCCGCCCCCCAGACAGCUGGCCGCCGCCGCUCGCCACCGCGGCGCCAUGAUGAUGCUGACGGCCGAGGACCUGCGCCUCCACCUGACCCGGCUGGCCUACCCGUCCAGGGCCGGGACGAAUCCCCGGCGGAGCCGCCGCCCCCGCGCCGGCGUCCACUACGAGCUCAUGGCCGCCGUCACGCCGUGGAUCGGGAACCUGCUGAUCCGGCCCACGGCGGCGCUGGCGGACGGCUUGAGGCAGCGGCUGGAGCGGCGGCGCCUCCCCCCCGGCGCCGCGUUCCGGCUGCUGCUGCGCUGCUUCCACAUAGACGCCGAGGGCUGCAGGGACAUGAUCCUCCAGAGGAGGAGUCCGGGGGCGGCGCCGGGCGCCGGCGGCAGCCCCUCCCCCCGCACGGUGGCCGGCCUGAAGAGGAGGCGUGUCUUGGAGAAGGUGGAGGCGCAGCACCGACUCAUCCUGCAGCUGCUGCAGGAGGCGCAGCCGCCGAGGCCGGCCGGACAGCUGCUCCUCCUGCAGGGCGCCUCCCCGGGCCCCGCCCACCUCUUCCUGCCAGCCCCCCCUCGCCUCCUCCUCCACGGCUCCUCCCUCCACGGCGCCUCCCCGGCGCCCCCUCGCCUCCUCCUGCCUCCCCCCCCACCGGCCCCCCCUCGCCUCCUCCUGCCGGCCUCUCAUCGCGUUCCUCCGGUUGCCGUGACGCCUCAUCCUGCUCCUCCUGACGGGGGCGGAGCCUCCAGACCUCCACCCCCUCAUCCUGAUCCCACCGUCAGGCUCCAAACCCUCUUAUUCAAACCGACCAAUGAGGAAGCAGCUCCUGGCUCCGCCCGGCAUCCACCCAGAGGGAGCAGGGAGGAGGAGGUGCUUAGGGUCUCCUGCACCACCCACUGUGAGGCUGAAGUUGGGAAGCGUCGUCUGGAGGGCGGAGUCACCGCUCGUCCUCCUCAGCACCUUCACCCUGCUCCUGCUUCACCCGAUUCCACAGCGUCCAAUCAGCUGGCUGCGUCCCCGUCUCCGUGCUCCAGCGUCCUGUUGGACCACCAGUACACCGCGACGAGCGGCGCUCCUGAGCGCCAGCGGCGGCGGCUGAAGAGGGAGCGUGAGGAGGCGGAGGAGGCGGAGGAGGCGGAGGAGGUGCAGCACAGCUCCCAGCAGGGGGUCAGUGAGGGCCCAGCGGGUCUGGCAGUCCUGGAGGGGAAGAGGGUUCGGAAGCCCAGUCAGAAAGCCCGAGCUCUGCAGGAGGUCACCAGAGAAAAGAUGGAGGCCAAGAAGAGAAAACUUGCACGUUCCCAGAAAGCCAGUCACACCGCGUCGUCCCUAAAGGCUCCUCGGGGGGGGCGGCGGACUCUCCGGGCGGGGGGUCCUCAGUCGGGGACUCUCCGGGCGGGGGGUCCUCAGUCGGGGACCCUCCGGGCGGGGGGUCCUCAGUCGGGGACCCUCCGGGCGGGGGGUCCUCAGUCGGGGACCCUCCGGGCGGGGGGCCCUCCUUUGCACCCCAGUCAGCCCAUGUGGGUCGUGACCCCUGCUGGUCUGGUUCCGCUGGCCCCCCCUGCAUCCCAGAACCUGCCGGUGGUCCUGGUACCUGCAGCUCGCGCCAUCGCGCCCCGCCCUCUGCCUGGCCCCGCCCCCGUUAGGCCCCCCACCGUGAAUCAGCCCCUCCCCCGACCUUCGCCGCCCCCCCCUCUCCUGGUCUUCCCCCCGCCGCGGCCCUCCAGACUCUUUCCCCCCUACAGGAGGGAGCCCAGUGGGGACCCGGCGUCGCCCCGACCCCCCGGGACACAGGGCCUGCAGGUGGACGGUUCCCUGAUGUUCCUGGACCCUGCGGAGGCCGUACAGGACUGGCUGAGUGGGCAGGGGGGGGUGCCGGUGGGCGGAGCCGGGUCUAAGCUGCCUUAUCUGCCCCCCUUCGUCAGCAGUCUGAGCAUGCUCAGCGCGCUGCUCAGGGCCAGGAGGUCCCUGAUGAGGGCCUCGCUGCUGCUGCUGGGCCCAGAAUCCAGACCCCAAAACGUUAAGUCAGAACCUCAGGACCGUCAGACCAGACUGCAGAACCAUGAGGACAGACCUCGUCCCUCCAGCACAGCGGACCCCCUCAGCCAGACUCCUCCUGACCUGCCGGACUCCACCUGGGACCUGGGACCAGUUCAGCCAGGUCGGUGUGACGGCUCAAACUCACAGCCGGAGGAACAGCCGGAGGAGGAACAGCCGGAGGAGGAACAGCCGGGGGAACAGCCGGAGGAGGAGCCGGAGGAACAGCCGGAGGAACAGCCGGAGGAGGAGCCGGAGGAACAGCCGGAGGAGGAGCAGGAGCAGCUGGUGGCGGCGGUGCGUCACCUGGUCUCGGAGCGGUUCUCCUCUAACCCCGCCUUCCAGCUCCUGAAGGCCCGUUUCCUGUCCUGCUUCACUGUCCCCGCCCUCCUGGCCACCGUCCAGCCAAUGAAAGAGGAGAAGGAGGAGGAGGAGGAGGAGGAAGAGGAGGAGGAAGAGGACUUCAGCGAGAUGACUGGAGGUUCACAGAGUGAGGAGGGAUCGGUUCUGCUGUGUGACAUCACCGGAGCUCCAGCCAAUCACUUCUCAGGGAUGGGGGGAUCCUCAUCGGACGGAACUGGAUCCGAGCGGACCCGUGGGAACCGGACCUCGGCAGAGAAGUGAGGGUUCCGGUUCUGGACGCCGGGCCGUCAUCAGACAUUCUCCAUGUGGAGGUUCAGGGACCUCACGGAGAUCCAGGUUCUCCACCUGACCAGAGCCUCGUGCUGCGUUCAGGGACCUCACGGAGAUCCCACUUGUUGUUUUCGUUGUUUUUUCUGUUCUAAUAAACAUGUUUCAUUGUG